AUGAAUAUUAACAUAUUGGUUAAAACUUCAUUAUUUUUUUCAAUUUUAUCAUUACUUAGUAUUAUAUCAAUAAAUAUACCAUUAUAUGUAUAUCAUGAUUAUAGGGGUGGUUACGAUUAUAAGAAAAUGAAAUUUUAUUUCGAAUACUUUACCGAAUACAACAGUAUAAAAUCGUAUCCAAGUUUUGAAGCUAUAGAUAAUUUGUUGAUGGCAUGUCGUAUAGUUCUAUACAUUUCAGUAUUAUUCAACUCAAUAACAAUAAUCUUGCAAUUAUUUUUAGACCAUUUUAAUAGAAAAGUAACUGUUUCAAUUACUGUUUUUAGUGGAUGCAAAACAUUGGCUUGGAUGGCAACCCUCGCUAUACUAUUUUAUGCAUCUUCUUAUAUAGCAGUAGAUAAUGAAUAUUGGGAAAGUACCCCAAAUAGUAAAGUGUAUGGUGGAUAUUAUGAAAACAAUCAAAAAAUAGUGGCUUGGGGACCUGGUGCUGGUGGUGGUUUAAUUAUUUUUUCUGUAAUAAUAUCAAUCUUGCAAUUGUCAAUCGACGUUUUCAUUUGUGUUCAAUUUUUUAAAAAAAAUCAAAAACAAACUUCGGCAACUAAAACACUAUAG